CGCGUUUGCGCCCGCCCCGUCGCCGAGUCUCAAUUUGGCUCGUCGCAUUCAACUACCGCCGCAAAAACGAUACCAGAACAAAAUACUUCGACGUCCGGCAGCGAAACCAGGCAGGCAGGCAGGGCGGCAGUCAGACGACUAAAGCUAUAGCAGCUGCUUUGAUCCGCACGAAACCGUCCAUUUAUCGACAUCAACAGAGAAGUAAAAAAUGCAGCCAACACAACGCCUUCUCAUGAAGGGAGUCUUCCGCAAGUUCCGGUUGACGACCAAGGACGCCAACAAGGGCUUCUACAAGGGAACGGGUUCGGGAUCUAUGGGUCGGCACACAAAGCACGGAGGCUACAUUGUCGAGUUUGACAAGGUCAGGACGUACGUUGUGCCAAAGAACCUGGACGAGUUCAAGCUCUCUCCCUUCGUCACCAAGAAGAUGGGUCCCACUUUCGGCUCGGGCUCUUACCAGGGCCAAGGACAGGCCGGCCCCAGGAGCGCUGAGCUUUACCUGAGCAGGUGGAAGGCCGAGAACGGCUUUGAUUGAAGAGCUAUUGGAAGGAUACGAAGACGACGGGUCGGGGCCGUGUCGUCAAGAAAAAAAACAAAGCUACUGGAGUUGGGGGCUUAUUGUAUUGAGCGAAUACAAGUACCGGCGUUUUUCACGCAAUCUCGGCAACUCAUUUCUCCAGCGCUGGCAAUGCGGGUGCUGGUAAGCUACCGUGGAUGGGAAAAGCAGCCAAAUGUACAACACAUAUAGAGCGAGACCGACAACUCAUGAAAACUUGUAUUAUUAUACUAGCAAGUAUUAAGCUAGUUUAGACAAUUGUACAAAUCAAAAAAUUUCCCUUAUUAGGACUAUUACGCAA